CCAACCUGCGCUUUAAACGGCGGCGGAGGCGCGGGCAGCGCGCUGAGCUCCGGCUGCGCCCAGGGACACCGCAAGGUGUGAAGGAUCCUGAGCGGGCAGAGUUCGGGCAGCGGGACGGACUCACGGGAAUCCUGCAGAGUUGCGGGGACAGGGACACCUUCCACUAUCCCUGGCUGGGCUUGGGCACUCCCAGGGAUGGAGCAGCCACGUUUUCUCUGGGAAAGCUGUUCCAGUGCCUCAGCAUCCUCACCCUGAACCAAACUCUUUGUCUGGUCCCUGCUGUGCUUUGAGCUGCACAACCACUGCGAAUCAAAGCCUCCAAAUUCACCAUCAUCCCCUGGUCCUUCUGCAGCAGUAGAGAGAUUAUGGAGCAGCAGGACAUGGAUCCUUCCAGGAAUAAAUGAGUUUUUCUCUGCCAGGAGUGGCACGGUGACAAUGACACCGCUGUUAUCAGCACGGGGGGAGGGCCCUGCGGCCAAACCUGCGCUGGUUCCACCUCUGCCGCCCUGCAAGCGCUGCAGCAGCUUCUGCUGGGAGCACCUGCGGGUGGGUCCUGGUCCCAAAUCUGCUUUUCCAACCCCUGGCCUCAGAAAUCAGCCACCUGUGGCCCCCAGCCUGUGAGCAGGAGGAGCAGCCUGCAGUGGGAUCCCUGCCCGGGCUCUCCACGCCCCACAAGAAGAGGAAGAGGCACAGACGGUUCCUUGGCCGUUGAUAAAAUGGGAAGCAGCGUCUCCCCAGCAGCCCGGCACGGGGAGCUCCAAUCCUUGCCUGGGGGGCAUCCCUGGGGGCUCUGCAGCUGGCAGGACACAGCCCUGUGCCACUGAGGGGUCGGGCUGGGGACAGCAUGUCCUGGCAGAGCCGCAGGACCCAGCUGCUGCUGGUCAACUCGCUGACCUUCGGGCUGGAGGUGUGCCUGGCCGCCGGCAUCACCUACGUGCCACCGCUGCUGCUGGAGGUGGGCGUGGAGGAGAAGUUCAUGACCAUGGUUUUGGGGAUAGGCCCCGUGCUCGGGCUGGUUUUUGUGCCUCUCAUCGGCUCGGCCAGCGACCACUGGCACAGCAGCUAUGGCCGCAGGAGACCUUUCAUCUGGGCGCUGUGCCUGGGCGUGCUGCUCAGCCUUUUUGUCAUCCCCCACGCCAGCAGCCUGGCCAGCCUGUGUGCCCUCAACCCGCGGCCCCUGGAGAUCGCCUUCCUCAUCGUGGGCAUCGGCCUGCUGGAUUUCUGCGGCCAGGUGUGCUUCACCCCUCUGGAGGCCCUGCUCUCGGACCUCUUCCAGGAGCCGGACAACUGCCGCCAGGCCUUCUCCAUGUACGCCUUCAUGGUCAGCCUGGGGGGCUGCAUCGGCUACCUGCUGCCCGCCAUCGACUGGGCCUUCCUGGCGCCCUACCUGGGCAGCCAGCAGAGCUGCCUCUUCGCCCUGCUGGCCCUCAUCUUCCUCGCCUGUGUGCUGGCCACGCUGUUUGUGACAGAGGAGGCCGUGCAGGGGGAUCUGCUGGAUGGGCCAGCGCUCAAAGACGUGUCCCCAAAGGCACCAAAGGCGUCCGUGUGGUGCUGCCGCUGCUGGCGGGCGGCGCGGGGGCCGUGCCUGCUGCAGGGCAGGCGGGUGCUGCAGGCCGGCAGGAAGCUGGGCCUGCUGCUGCCGCGGCUGCACGGCCUCUACUGCCGCAUCCCCAGGGUCAUCCGGCGCCUCUUCGUGGCCGAGCUGUGCAGCUGGAUGGCCCUGAUGACCUUCAUGCUGUUCUACACGGAUUUUGUGGGCGAGGGGCUGUACCACGGCGUGCCCAGGGCCAAGCCGGGCACGGAGGCCAGGCGGCACUACGAUGAAGGUGUGCGCAUGGGCAGCCUGGGGCUCUUCCUGCAGUGCAUCACCUCCAUCUUCUUCUCGGCGAUCAUGGACCGGCUGGUGAAGCGCUUCGGCACGCGGGCGGUGUACCUGGCCAGCGUGGUGUUCUUCCCCGGCGCCGCCUGCGUCAUGUGCCUGUCCCACAGCGUCACCGUGGUCACCAUCUCCGCUGCCCUCACCGGCUUCACCUUCUCCGCCCUCCAGAUCCUGCCCUACACGCUGGCGUCCCUCUACCACCACGACAAACAGGUUUUUCUCCAUAAAUACAAGAGGAAAGAGGAGGAAGACUCCGCUCUGCUGGACAAGAAACCCUCCUUCUCCAAGGGGCUGCUCCCCAGCCAGAAGCUGUCCUACCAGAACGGCCACGCUGGGAUCGUCUUCUCCUCUUCCUCCCCCUCCUCCUCCUCCUCCUCCUCGCCAGCCUCCCCUCAGGCCGGGCCCAGCUCUGCUCUGUGCGUCAGCUCCUCCUGCGACGUCUCCCUGCGGAUCAUGGUGGGCGAGCCGGAGCCGGGCGCUCCCGGCCGGGGGAUCUGCCUGGACCUGGCCAUCCUGGACAGCGCCUUCCUGCUGUCCCAGGUGGUGCCCUCGCUCUUCAUGGGCUCCAUCGUGCAGCUCACCCAGUCCGUCACGGCCUACAUGGUGUCGGCCGCCGCCCUCGGCCUGGUCGCCAUCUACUUCGCUACCAAAGUUGUCUUUGACAAGGGUGACAUGGCCAGGCACCCCGUGUGACACAGACAGCUCUCU